AUGACUUUGACUUACAUCCACCUUCUCCUACUACUACUGGACCCUUCAUCUGCUCUAAUGUCCACUCAAGAUCCUCCACCUUCACUGGGGAACCACAGCAUGGACAAAAAUUAUAUGGAUGAAGCGGAGGGCCACUCCACUGUGCCUAUAGCUUUCAGAGUCUUCAGUGUGGACUACCACCAUGUGCAAGCUCCCUUUGAGAUUGUGCUGUGGAUCAUGUUGGCAUCAUUGGCUAAACUAGGGUUCCACUGGUCUGGCCGGAUACCUGCCGUGGUUCCUGAGAGCUGUCUGCUAAUUAUGGUGGGCCUACUGGUUGGAGGAGUCAUCUACGGGGUCCGCCACACUGCACCACCUGUCCUGAGUGCUGAAGCUUUCUUCCUCUAUCUGCUCCCACCUAUUGUUCUGGAUGCUGGUUACUUCCUACCAGGUCGCCUCUUCUUUGAAAACCUGGGCACCAUCCUGUGGUAUGCUGUGCUGGGCACGCUGUGGAAUGUGCUGGGUAUUGGGCUUUCGCUGUACGGGUUGUGCCAGCUUGGUGGCUGGGGCCUGGAGGAGGUCAGCCUGCUCCACUUCCUGCUAUUUGGUAGUCUGAUUGCUGCUGUGGACCCGGUGGCGGUGCUCUCAGUGUUUGAGGAGAUCCAUGUCAAUGAGCAGCUUCACAUCCUGGUGUUUGGAGAAUCACUGCUUAAUGAUGCAGUCACUGUGGUGCUGUAUAAGCUGUUUGAGUCCUUCCUACGCAUGCCCUCUGUUUCUGGUGUGGACGUGCUGGCAGGAGGGUGUCAAUUUGUGGUGGUGGGCUUGGGAGGCCUGUGUGUGGGCCUGUUCUUUGGGCUGGUUGCUGCCCUCACCACUCGUUUCACUGCCAGAGCCCAGGUCAUUGCCCCACUCUUCGUCUUCCUCUACAGCUACCUGUCCUACCUCACCUCAGAAAUGCUUCACUUCUCUGGCAUCAUGGCCAUUGUGACCUGUGCCGUAACUAUGAAGCAGUAUGUGGAGGCCAACGUCUCUGAGAAGUCCAACACUACCAUCAAGUACUUCCUGAAGAUGUGGAGUAGCGUGAGUGAGACCCUCAUCUUCAUCUUCCUGGGUGUGUCCACAAUCCAGGAUGUCCACAUGUGGAGCUGGCCCUUCGUCUCCUCUACACUCUUCCUUUGUCUGCUCUGGAGAGCACUUGGUGUGCUCCUUCUUACAGCAGUGGUCAACAAACUUCGCCGCAAUGCUGUGACCUUCCGAGACCAAUUCAUCAUUGCCUAUGGUGGCCUGAGAGGGGCAAUCUGUUUUUCUUUGGUCUUUCUCAUUGAAGACUUUCCCAAGAAAAGGCUUUUCAUCACCACCACCAUCGUAGUCAUUCUGUUCACCGUGUUUGUGCAGGGUAUGACCAUCAAGCCUCUGGUAGAGCUACUUGAUGUAAAAAGGAAGAAGAGAGUUCUGCCCACAGUGAGUGAGGAGAUCCACUGCAGGCUCCUGGAUCACCUGUUGUCAGGGAUCGAAGAUGUUGUUGGUUACUGGGGACAGCAUUACUGGAAAGACAAGUUUGAACAUUUUAACACAAAGUACCUGAAGAGAUUCCUGAUUCGAGAGGACAAGCAGCCCAAGUCCAGCAUUGUGCGACUCUACCAGGAACUGGAACGUCGAGAACAGAUGGGAGAGGAUGAUGAGGGCAAAAGAGAGAGAUCGCUUGCAACUGAGGAAAAUCAAAUCCAGAGUAGAUCACUAUUGCCAGAGGAGAUGGACAGCAUAAGACGGAUUUUAUCCACAAACCUGCGCAACUUCAACAACAAGCACAUUACAGCCUACAGCAGACAUACUCUGCACCAGGACUUCACAGUUGAUGCCAGUAGGAAAGCGUGUCUGCGGCGGCAUCAGAGUCUGGGAGAGAGACACAGCUCCACGCAAACACAUGGCAGCCAGUGGGAUGAUGCAGACAGCCAGGGCGCAUGCCUCUCCAGGCCAUUAACAGUGGGUCAGAGCCCCAGGUCAGCGCACAGAGAUCCCCACAGCACAAGAGAGGUCAGUCUGAAUGGACCAGUGAGAGUGACCUUUGAAGGACUGGCCAGUCAUUCAUCCACAUAUCUACAAGGCCAAGACUCCAACACUGCCAGACUGCCUAAGAAACUCAGCUUUGCUUUUGAGAAUGAAAAAGAGAAAUAG